UCGAGGUGGGCUCGUGUGAGCAGAAGGAAUUCCUCUCAGGCCACCGAGAGAGCCGUCCAGCCAACGUCAUGUCGAGCACCCGGGCGGCGACGGCCGCGUCCAAUGACCGCGCCCCUCACCCAGCCGGGGCCGGUGGCCUGAAGCGGCUGCGGAGCGAGCCGGGCGGCAACCGGGUGACGGUGGUGUUGGGCUCGCAGUGGGGGGACGAAGGCAAAGGCAAGGUGGUGGACCUGCUGGCCACGGAGGCCGACGUCGUCUGCAGGUGCCAGGGUGGAAAUAAUGCAGGCCAUACCGUGGUUGUUGAUGGGAAGGAAUAUGAUUUUCACCUCUUCCCUAGUGGUAUAAUUAAUCCCAAGGCAAUUUCUCUAAUUGGGAAUGGGGUAGUCAUACAUUUGCCAGGCUUAUUUGAAGAAGCUGAAAAAAAUGAGAAAAAAGGUUUAAGAGACUGGGAGAAAAGACUCAUCAUAUCAGACAGGGCACACAUUGUGUUUGAUUUUCACCAGGCAGUGGAUGGACUUCAAGAAGUGCAGCGGCAAGCGCAAGAAGGGAAAAAUAUUGGCACAACAAAGAAAGGGAUUGGACCAACCUAUUCUUCCAAAGCGGCACGGACAGGACUUCGGAUAUGUGAUCUUCUUUCAGACUUUGAUGAAUUUUCAUCAAGAUUUAAGAAUCUUGCUCACCAGUACAAGUCGAUGUUUCCUUCUUUAGAAGUUGACACAGAAGGACAACUAAAAAAACUAAAGGGCUAUGCUGAAAAAAUAAGACCAAUGGUCCGAGAUGGUGUUUAUUUUAUGUAUGAAGCGCUCCAUGGCUCUCCAAAGAAAAUUCUUGUAGAGGGUGCCAACGCAGCACUGCUCGACAUUGAUUUCGGCACAUAUCCCUUUGUGACGUCCUCCAACUGCACUGUGGGCGGUGUGUGCACCGGGCUUGGUAUUCCUCCCCAGUAUAUUGGAGAAGUGUAUGGUGUAGUGAAGGCCUACACAACAAGAGUGGGAAUUGGAGCCUUUCCCACUGAACAGAUAAAUGAAAUGGGAGAUCUCUUACAGUCCCGAGGCCAUGAAUGGGGAGUGACCACAGGCAGAAAAAGGCGCUGUGGCUGGCUUGACCUUGUCAUAUUGAGAUACGCCCAUAUGAUCAACGGAUUCACUGCCCUGGCAUUAACAAAACUGGAUAUUCUGGAUGUAUUUGAUGAAAUCAAAAUUGGUGUAGCUUACAAGCUGGGUGGCAAAAGAAUUCCAUAUUUUCCAGCUAACCAGGAAAUACUGCAGAAAGUGGAGGUGGAGUAUGAAACAAUGCCAGGGUGGAAAACCGACACAACAAGUGCCAGAAAAUGGGAGGAACUUCCACCUAAGGCACAAAAUUACAUUCGGUUUGUGGAGAACCACGUUGGGGUGGCAGUGAAAUGGGUUGGAGUUGGAAAAUCAAGGGAAUCGAUGAUCCAGCUCUUUUAAACACACAAAGAACAUAUGUGCCAAGAAGCAGUUUAUUGUACAUCUGUUCCUUUCUGUACCCAAACCGAGAUGAAGAUGCUGUUCUUCCUAGACUAUGAUUAGACAUGCCUUGUACUUGUCAUAUUCUCAAGUAAAUGUAUCCAAAAAUUAGGAACACAGAAUAAGAACAGAAACUUUGGGGAGGGGAAUCUUAAGGUCACAUUUAAAAAGUGCCAAACCUGCACUGAAUUAUUUCUUCAACUUGCUACCAGUAGUGAAGUUUAUUCCAGAUUGCAGAAGGUGUAAGGAGGAGGUUCCAAUUCCUAUGUCAGGAAGCAAUAAUAUGGCAGUGUUCAAUGUAUGUGGCAUUUAAAAUUGUGCUGGUUAUGGAGCACUGCACUUGUGUAAAAGCCAGCACAAUUCAGUAAUUCUCUUUCAAGCCCAGCAGUCAAA